UUCCCUACCGGCCAUACCAGCUAUCGGAGAUUUCUCGUGUGCAUAGCGAUGCUCCACACACGCUAUGCCGUGGUAGCUUUCUUUGCCUUUGUGCAUGGGAAGGAAUUGGAGACGCCCGUGGAACGGCUGAUUAACUAUCAUUACCCUUCGCAGUACGUGGUGCAACGCUUGCGGAAGGGCCAGGACAUCAACAUCGAUGGACACCUGGAAGAAGACGCUUGGUCUGAGGUUCCAUGGCUGGAUGAUUUCCUAGAUCUGGCAGGGCCUCGCUUUGACGGCUGGAAAGAGGCAUCUAGGGAUUAUGCGAGGCGUUUCACUGGCUCGUCAAACCCAACACGGGUGAAGCUGCGCUGGGAUGAUGCCUUUCUCUACGUGGCAGCAGAGCUGCGGUCCAGGUCGGUGUCCGCCUCCGUGACCGGGCACUGCGCAGAUUUGCAGAGCGAAGUUUGGCCAAAGCCUGUUCUGCCAUACUUUGACGAUGAUUUUGAAGUGUUCAUCGAUGGGUCUCAAAGCAACUACUUCUACGUGGAAUUUGAAUUGAAUGCCAGGAACGCCAGCUACACUACUCUGUGGUCACAGCCACAGGCAGGCCUAGGUUCUGUGGCUCCCGAGUGCGGGAGGCCAGGCAGCGGCUUGCAGGGAGUGUGCUGCAACACCACGUGGAACGGAGGCAAGGGUCUUUGCGACCAUGGCGUCGAGCGAGAAGGUGGAAGUUGGACCCUGGAGAUGUUUGCCGAGAGCUUGCGGCCUGGAACUGGCAUGAUCUCCGCAACGAGCAAUACCACCGAGAUGUGGGUCUUAGAGAUUCGCUUUCCGAUUCUAUCUAGACGCUCGUCACAAGAAGCAGUUCUGCUUCCUGAGAAUUCUCCCACCGUUGAGCUCUGCCAUUGCAGUGUUUCUGCGCAGCCCCACGGUGACCAACACGGUGGGCUGCUGAAUUCGCCUGUGAGCCAGCGUCUCCCGCAUGUCCAAGCAGAGAAGCUUCAUCCGGCCAAUGGCCAGCGCUUUUGGUGGGCAACUUUUGCCAACGCGCUGCAUGCGCCUUGGUGGAGCAAGCUGACUGCUGCUGAUACGAAGCACCCAGAGCUGAUCAAGCAGCGUUGUCAAGAGGAGAUUCGUGGUGACAAGCAGCGUUAUGGUUUUUCUCAGUUUUUGCUGGAUGCCAACAAUGCAGCACCGACCUGCUAUUAUGAGGCAGCAUCUCAAAACCUUGGUGGUCAUCAGUACAUGCACAACCCUGACGUCUUCGGGUACUUACAAUUUGAAAGUACACCUGAUGCGGCCAGCUGCAGAAAUGUUUUCUGGCUUUCACGAUUUCUUCUGGCGCAGCUGUACCAAGCUGAGGUGCAGUAUUUGAUGAAUCGAAACUUUGGCAACGGUACAUACACUUCGAACUUGGUGCAGCUGCUAAACCCCAGUGUUUGUGACAUCUCCAAUGCCUGCAACGCCACAGCCUUGCAACAAGCACUGGACUAUGUCAAUGUGGCGAUCCAUGUGGAUGGUGCCAGGUCUGGCAAGUGUGUGCGCUAUGCCAUACCGGCAGUGCAGACGUCAAACUGGACAGGGGGGCCUUGCUUUGAAGCACAUGUCAGCUACACAAUUCAGCGAAAGGGUGAUCCCUCCAAGAGAAGGCUCAUAAGGGGAUCUAUCAACGAGGCGCGCUUGAUGUCCUUGCCGGAUGUGGGCCAAAGGUGGGACAGUCCAAAUGCAGAUUGGCUUUGCUUAGACAAGGUGGAGGUGCUGCUAGCAAGCACUUACGUGUGAGAAGAUCGAAUUUUAUGGAGCGGAGCCCUCUCUUCUCUAAUUUUCAGACCAAAGUCGUCUGUAGCCGUUGGAGGCUUCAAGCAAAACAGGAGAAGUGUGUGAGUGAGUCUGUGAUUGUGCAUUUUGCAAAUGACUUCCCACUUUUAAUUCUGGAAGUGCAUGCUGUUUGUUUGGAAAAGCCCCGCAAGUGGGC